UUCCACUAUUUACUUUUCGUUCACAAACAAUAUUAAGAACGUACAAUACAGUCCACAGAACAGAGAGAGUUUUCAGAAUGUCUUAUAUCGAACAGCACAACCUUCCUACAACUGCCAGUUUUCAAAACUUGUAAACGAAAACCAUCCAAUAAUUUUUCACCUGAAGCGGCAAAAUUCUCGCGAAGUGGCAGUGUUUGCACCAGCGUGUGAAAUAUGUCGCUGGAAAACCGUAUUAUUCAUGCCGUUCUGGACAAACAUGAAGGAUUUCUUCGCCGUCACCUCGUCCUCUCAUCAGCUGCCAUAGACAAGCUCAGACAAAGGGUCAUUAUCACAAACAGCACCAGAGAUAGACUGGUCAAGGUUUCCCCCGACAUUCAGAUCACGCUUCUGAUGGACAUCCUUCGUCGUCGGGGAAUCCGGACGCUGGCCAAAUUUUUAUCCAUCCUUAAGGAGUCGCUGGACGGGUGGAUUGCAGACAAGAUAUUGUGUACAGAUUUACGGUUCCUAGGCGGGUACAUCCCAGCAGACGACAGGACACUCGCUGAUUACAUCAUCAGGGUGUGUGGACCUCCAACUCCGGAACCGGAAGUAGAACCGAAAGAAGACCCACCAACUCAGCAGACGACAAAACCCAUAGAGAAAUAUCACACGAAAAGACCCGAAACACCACGAAGGCAACCAAGAGAUGACGACAAAAUCAUAUAUUUCCUUCCGCCCAGGCCUACACAAAUAGCAGAGAUCCCGGGCCAGGUUGAACAUUUACACCAUGUGUUUGAGGACCGAAGACAACAGAAUAGCGACACUUUGUCCAUUCUGAAGCAAGAGGAACACGCCAUAAAAACUAUUCUGGAGAAAAACGUCUCAGAGCAGCGCCACCUCAACAAGAAUCAGCAGGCUAUCCACGACAUUAGCAGACGACUUCAGUCCAUUCAUCACGAGGCGGGGCAACUUCUGAAACCAGCGCCCAAUGACGUCAUAGUCAGAAACAGACUGGACUAUUUACAUGAUGUUCCUAGGAACGCGAGUAAGACUAGACAUAAAAGGAUUUGAAAACUCUGAAUUUAGUGAGAAAUUACAGCUUUCCCUCAGGAGAUCUUAGUUUGAAUCUCA